AUGAGUGUCGAAGAUAUUAAGAAGGCAAGAACUGCCGUUGAGUUCAACAGAGAGAACUUGGAAUCUGUCCUAAGAGGUAGAUUUUUUUACGCUCCUGCCUUUGAUUUGUAUGGUGGUGUCUCUGGUUUGUAUGACUAUGGUCCGCCAGGCUGUGCUUUCCAAGCUAACGUGGUGGAUCAGUGGAGAAAGCAUUUCAUCUUGGAAGAGGAUAUGCUUGAAGUCGAUUGUACCAUGUUGACUCCAUACGAAGUUUUGAAGACUUCUGGACACGUUGAUAAGUUCUCCGACUGGAUGUGUAGAGAUUUAAAGACCGGUGAGAUCUUCAGAGCAGAUCAUUUGGUGGAGGAAGUUUUGGAAGCUCGUUUGAAAGGGGACAAAGCUGCUAGAGGUAUCAGUGAGGCUGACGUUGAGGAAGAUGCUGACAAAAAGAAGAGAAAGAAGAAGGUCAAACAGAUCAAAGCUGUGAAACUUUCCGACCAUGUUGUCAAGGAAUAUAAUGAGGUGCUAGCUAAGAUUGAUGGUUACUCCGGCCCAGAGCUAGGUGAACUUAUGGUUAAAUAUAAUAUCGGUAACCCAGUCACAGGCGAAGCCUUGGAAGCUCCAAAAGCUUUUAACUUGAUGUUCGAGACUGCUAUUGGUCCAUCUGGUCAAUUGAAGGGUUACUUGAGACCCGAAACUGCUCAAGGUCAAUUUUUAAACUUCAACAAGUUGCUUGAAUUCAACAACAGUAAGACCCCUUUCGCUUCUGCUUCUAUCGGUAAAUCUUUCAGAAACGAGAUUUCUCCAAGAGCAGGUUUGUUAAGAGUGCGUGAGUUCUUGAUGGCUGAGAUUGAACAUUUCCUUGACCCUGAGGACAAAUCUCACCCAAGAUUCCACGAAGUUAAGGACGUAAAGCUAUCUUUCCUACCACGUGAAGUCCAGGAGGCUGGCUCUACUGAACCUAUUGUCAAGACCAUUGGUGAAGCUGUCGAAAGCAAGAUGGUUGACAACGAGACUCUCGGUUACUUUAUUGCUAGAAUCUCUCAAUUUUUAUUGUCAAUUGGUGUCGAUGAAACCAAGAUGAGAUUCCGUCAACAUAUGGCCAAUGAAAUGGCUCACUACGCCGCCGACUGUUGGGAUGGUGAAUUACUAACCUCUUACGGCUGGAUCGAAUGUGUUGGUUGUGCUGAUAGAUCUGCUUACGAUUUAACUGUUCAUUCCAAGAAAACCAAACAGAAGUUGGUUGUUAGACAAAAACUAGACGAACCUGUUGAGGUUACUAAGUGGGAGAUCGAUCUAACUAAGAAGUUGUUCGGUCCAAAAUUCAGGAAAGAUGCACCAAAGGUUGAAGCUCAUUUGUUGAACUUGUCCCAAGAAGAAUUGGCUUCAAAGGGAGAAGAAUUGAAGAACAAUGGUAAGAUUGUCUUCAAGGUCGAUGGUGUUGAAGGUGACGUCGAGAUGGACGACAAAUUCGUUACCAUUGAACAGAGAACCAAGACCGAGCACGUGAGGGAAUUUACUCCAAAUGUCAUCGAGCCCUCUUUCGGUAUUGGCCGUAUUAUCUACUCUGUUUUCGAACAUUGUUUCUGGAGUAGACCAGAAGACACUGCUAGAGCUGUUCUUUCUUUCCCACCUCUAGUGGCCCCAAGCAAAGUCCUGUUGGUUCCUCUAUCUAACCAUAAGGAUUUGGCUCCAGUUACUGCUGAAAUCUCCAAGCUAUUGAGACGUGAAAAGAUUCCAUUCAAGGUUGACGAUUCCGGUGUUUCUAUUGGUAAAAGAUAUGCUCGUAACGAUGAACUGGGUACUCCGUUCGGCGUCACCAUUGACUUUGAAUCUAUAAAAGAUGGCUCUGUCACAUUGAGAGAAAGAGACUCCACUAAACAAGUCAGAGGUUCAGCAGCUGACAUCAUCAAAGCCAUCCGCGAGAUCACCUACAAUGGUGCCUCCUGGGAAGAAGGUACUAAAGGUUUGGCUCCAUUCGUUUCUCAAUCCGAGACUGAGACUGAAACUGAAUAA